AUGGCAUCUUCACGUCCUCCACCGUCAAAAUCCAUCGAUCUCGACUUAACUAUCAUCUCCGCCAAACACCUCAAAAACGUCAACUGGAAAACCGGCGAUCUCAAACCCUAUGUCGUCUUCUGGCUCGAUCCUGACCGUCGUCUCGCCACCAAAUCCGACGAUUCCGGUAACACCUCCCCCGUCUGGAACGAACGUUUCACCCUCCCUCUCUCUCUUCCUCUUCAAGAUUCCACCCUCACCCUUGAAAUCUUCCAUUCCAAACCCUCCGAUACCCCUAAACCCCUCGUCGCUACCCUCCGUCUUCCCCUCAAAGACCUUCCUGACCUUCAUCACUCCACAAUCGUCAAGAAAUUCUCCGUCGUUCGACCAUCGGGUCGACCGCAGGGGAAAAUUCAUCUCAAAAUUAGCCUCCUUGGCCGCUCUCCUCCUCCGCCAUCGCCACCGAUAUCACAAAUGUUUGAUUAUAACAACACAAUCCCUAAUCCUCACCCUAACCCUAACCCUAAUUCUUCAAAUCCUUCCUUUGUUUAUUACAGAGGAAACUCUUCUUCUGCACCUUCUCCACCACCUUCACCUUCACCUUACAAUUACUACACCAAUUACUCUGAUAAUAACUAUUCUGGUGGCAGUUACUUUCCUGGCUAUUAUCCUGGUGGUGCUUAUCCACCGCCGCCGCGGCCUUUCUUUGAACGUACUGGAAGUUAUGCUGCUGCUGCUGGACCGAGUGGACCGUCUGCGCCGCUUGAAUAUUCAUCCUCGUUUGAUCCAAGGCCAAAAGGCGGUAAAAUGGGCUUAGGAGCUGGGCUGGCUGUUGGUGCUGCUGCUGGGGCGCUGGGUGGACUUUCUCUGGAAGAAGGGAUGAAGUAUGAAGAGCGCAGGCUUGCGGAUAUGGUUGAAAGUGAUGUUGCUUCUGCGAGGGAUGAUUAUGGAGAUGCACAUUACCGAGAUUAUUGA